AUGGACGACACAGAAGCCCAGGUGCAAGCACAUAAGCUUCUUGGGCAGAAGACCCGGGUCCCUCGACCGCCUGACAAUGGACUUACCAGAGCUUUGCGCUCAUGUUGCGUGAUUCCCCAGCGUUACAUACUUGGAGUUAUGGGCUUGCUAGGGGUGUGCAACGCCUACACGAUGCGGGUGUGUCUCAACCUCGCUAUCACACAAAUGGUCAACCGCACGAAGUCGGGCGGAUCACAUUUCGUCGACCCUGAUGCCUGUCCGAGCGAUGAUCUUAUUAACAACGUUACUUCAGUUGUGGUGGAGAAACCAUACGCAAUCUUCGACUGGGAUGAGAAGACACAAGGGCUCAUACUUAGCGGCUUUUACUACGGAUAUGCAGCGACCCAAGUGCCGGGAGGGUACUUAGCCGAGAAGUUUGGGGGCAAAUGGACCCUCGGUGUGGGUCUCCUAAGUACUGCAGUGUUCACGUUCUUAACACCGGUUGUGAUUAGAGCUGGCGGCGCUACAUGGCUGUUUAUACUGCGUAUCUUGCAAGGAAUGGGAGAGGGUCCCACAAUGCCUGCUCUCAUGAUCAUGUUGGCGAGAUGGGUGCCGCCCCACGAGCGUUCGUUCCAAGGAGCGCUGGUAUUCGGAGGAGCUCAAAUCGGCAACAUCUUCGGGUCCUUUAUGUCCGGUAUACUGCUCGCAGAUGGCAGAGAUUGGGCUUACGUGUUCUAUUUCUUCGGAGGCUUCGGAAUCUUAUGGUUUUUGUUAUGGAGUCUCUUCUGCUAUAGCACACCGAAUAGUCAUCCAUACAUCUCCAAAAAGGAGCUGACGUACUUGAACAACAAUGUGACAACGGCUGAGAACAUUAACGCCAAGGACCCGGUGCCAUGGAAGGCUAUCCUCCGAUCUGCUCCAGUAUGGGCUCUAGUUUGGGCAGCUGUUGGCCACGACUGGGGCUAUUACACGAUGGUGACAGAUCUCCCCAAGUACUCCCACGAUGUUCUGAAAUUCAACAUUGCUACCACGGGUACCCUCACUGCCUUACCUUACAUUGCCAUGUGGGUCAGCUCCUUCCUCUUUGGCCUCGUCUGUGACGUCUGCAUCAAGAAGGGAUGGCAUACUAUCAAGACUGGAAGAAUUAUUCACACAACCAUUGCUGCUACCGGUCCAGCUAUCUGCAUUAUCCUGGCGUCUUAUGCUGGCUGCGACAGAACCGCUGCGAUGGUGUACUUUGUCUUGUCUAUGGCCCUCAUGGGAGGCUUCUACAGUGGAAUGAAGGUAAACGCUUUGGAUUUGGCGCCCAACUACGCUGGAACUUUAACGUCACUUGUGAACACGACAUCAACCUUCGCUGGAAUCAUCACUCCAUACCUUAUCGGUUUACUGACACCUGACUCAACGCUAGCACAAUGGCGAGUAGCGUUCUGGGUAUGCUUCGCAGUGCUGGUAGGCACAAACGUAAUCUACUGCAUUUGGGCUGAUGGCAAACAGCAAUGGUGGGAUGACGUCAGACAAUUCGGCUACCCUGAAGGCUGGAAACAUGGCCCAUUAACCAGAGACACCGUUGAACAACCAGAAUCCGUCAGAUUAUCAGACCACAAAGCCAGUUCAUCAUGA